AUGUACCGGGAGAGGACCAACAUGGCCUCUGCCAUUCCUGUCAAAGACACACAACCUGAACUUGCCCCUCCUUGCCUGGAUGGAAGCCCAUGUGCGAAUGGAGGUCGCUGCACCCAGCUGCCCUCCCGGGAGGCUGCCUGCCUGUGCCCUCCAGGCUGGGUGGGUGAGCGGUGCCAGUUGGAAGAUCCCUGCCAUUCAGGCCCCUGUGCUGGCCGAGGUGUCUGCCAGAGCUCAGUGGUAGCGGGCACCGCCCGCUUCUCCUGCCGCUGUCCCCGUGGGUUCCGAGGCCCUGACUGCUCCCUGCCGGACCCCUGCCUCAGCAGCCCCUGUGCCCAUGGUGCCCGCUGUUCGGUGGGGCCCGAUGGCCGCUACAUCUGCUCCUGCCCACCUGGCUACCAGGGCCGCAGCUGCCGAAGUGACAUGGAUGAGUGCCGGGUGGGCGGAGGGCCCUGCCGUCAUGGUGGCACCUGCCUCAACAUGCCUGGCUCCUUCCGCUGCCAGUGCCCAGCUGGCUACAUGGGGCCACUGUGUGAGAACCCCACAGUGCCCUGUGCUCCCUCACCAUGCCGUAACGGAGGCACCUGUAGACAGAGUGGUGAUCUCACCUAUGACUGUGCCUGCCUUCCUGGGUUCGAUGGCCAGAACUGUGAAGUGAAUGUGGAUGACUGUCCCGGGCACCGAUGUCUAAAUGGGGGGACAUGUGUGGAUGGUGUCAACACCUACAACUGCCAGUGUCCUCCCGAGUGGACAGGCCAAUUCUGCACAGAGGACGUGGAUGAGUGUCAACUGCAGCCCAACGCUUGCCACAACGGGGGCACCUGCUUUAACACACUGGGUGGCCACAGCUGUGUGUGCGUCAACGGCUGGACGGGUGAGAGCUGCAGUCAGAAUAUUGAUGACUGUGCUACAGCUGUGUGCUUCCAUGGGGCCACCUGCCAUGACCGCGUGGCCUCCUUCUACUGUGCCUGCCCCAUGGGCAAGACUGGGCUUCUGUGUCAUCUGGAUGAUGCCUGUGUCAGCAAUCCUUGUCACGAGGAUGCUAUCUGCGACACGAACCCGGUGAACGGCAGGGCCAUCUGUACCUGUCCACCAGGCUUCACCGGCGGCGCGUGUGACCAGGACGUGGAUGAGUGCUCCAUUGGCGCCAACCCCUGUGAGCACCUGGGCAGAUGCGUGAACACACAGGGCUCGUUCCUGUGCCAGUGUGGCCGUGGCUACACCGGACCGCGAUGCGAGACCGAUGUAAACGAGUGCCUAUCAGGGCCGUGCCGCAACCAGGCCACGUGCUUGGACCGCAUAGGCCAGUUCACCUGCAUCUGCAUGGCAGGCUUCACAGGCACCUACUGCGAGGUAGACUUGGACGAAUGCCAGAGCAGCCCCUGUGUCAAUGGCGGGGUCUGCAAGGACAGAGUCAAUGGCUUCAGCUGCACCUGCCCCUCAGGCUUCAGCGGGGCCUUGUGUCAGCUGGAUGUUGAUGAAUGCGCGAGCACACCCUGCCGGAAUGGAGCCAAGUGUGUGGACCAGCCUGAUGGCUACGAGUGCCGCUGCGCAGAGGGCUUCGAGGGCCCGCUGUGUGAACUCAACGUGGAUGACUGCUCCCCGGACCCGUGCCACCAUGGGCGCUGCGUGGAUGGCAUCGCCAGCUUCUCCUGUGCCUGUGCCCCGGGCUACACGGGCACACGUUGUGAGAGCCAGGUGGAUGAGUGCCGCAGCCAGCCUUGCCGCCACGGGGGCAAAUGCUUAGACCUGGUGGACAAAUACCUCUGCCGUUGCCCUCCUGGCACCACAGGUGUGAACUGCGAGGUUAACAUCGAUGAUUGUGCCAGCAACCCAUGCACCUUUGGAAUCUGCCGGGAUGGUAUCAACCGCUAUGACUGUGUAUGCCAGCCUGGCUUCACAGGGCCCCUUUGCAAUGUGGAGAUCAACGAGUGUGCAUCCAGCCCGUGCGGCGAAGGAGGCUCCUGCAUAGAUGGGGAAAAUGGCUUCCGCUGCCUCUGCCCACCCGGCUCCCUGCCUCCACUGUGCCUCCCCCCGAGCCAUCCCUGUGCCCAAGAACCCUGCAGUCAUGGUGUCUGUCGAGACGCGCCUGGAGGGUUCCGCUGUGAGUGUGAGCCUGGCUGGAGUGGCCCCCGGUGCAGCCAGAGCCUUGCUCAGGAUGCCUGUGAGUCUCAGCCCUGUGGGGCCGGUGGCACCUGUACCAGCGAUGGAAUAAGCUUCCACUGCAUCUGUCCCCCUGGUGUCCAGGGCCAUCAGUGUGAGUUGCUGUCCCCCUGCUCUCCUAACCCCUGUGAACAUGGGGGCCACUGCGAGUCUGCUCCUGGCCAGCUGACUGUCUGCUCCUGCCCCCCUGGUUGGCAAGGCCUGAGAUGCCAGCAAGAUGUAGAUGAAUGUGCCAGCCCCUCACCCUGCGGUCCCCAUGGUACCUGCACCAACCUGGCGGGGAGUUUUAGCUGUACCUGCCAUGGAGGAUACAGUGGCCCUUCCUGUGACCAGGACAUCGAUGACUGUGACCCCAACCCCUGCCUGAAUGGCGGCUCCUGUCAGGACCGCGUGGGCUCCUUUUCCUGCUCCUGCCUUCCCGGCUUUGCUGGCCCCCGCUGUGCCCGUGACGUGGACGAGUGUAUGAGCAGCCCCUGUGGCCCAGGCACCUGCACUGACCACGUGGCUUCCUUCACCUGCACCUGCCCCCCAGGCUAUGGAGGCUUCCGCUGUGAGCAGGACCUACCUAACUGCAGCCCCAGCUCCUGCUUCAAUGGUGGGACCUGCGUGGACAGCGUGAACUCCUUCAGCUGCCUGUGCCGCCCUGGCUACACUGGUGCACACUGCCAGCACGAGGCCGAUUCCUGCCUCUCGCGGCCCUGUCUACACGGGGGCGUCUGCACUGCCACCCACCCUGGCUUCCACUGCGCCUGUCCAGUGGGCUUCACAGGCACUCAGUGCCAGACGCUGGUAGACGCGUGUAGCCAUGCUCCCUGUCAGAACGGGGGUCGCUGUGCUCCGACAGGGACCUCUUUCCAUUGCCUUUGUCCUCCGGGGUGGAGCGGCAGCCUCUGUGACAUCCAGAGCCUGCCCUGCAGAGAGGCUGCAGCCCAGAUGGGGGUGCGGCUGGAGCAGCUGUGUCAGGCUGGUGGGCACUGUGUGGACAAGGACAGCGCCCAUUACUGCGUGUGCCCAGAGGGCCGCACAGGCAGCCACUGUGAGCAGGAGGUGGACCCCUGCUUUGCCCAGCCCUGCCAGCACGGGGGCACCUGCCGAGGCUACAUGGGAGGUUAUGUAUGUGAGUGUCCUGCUGGCUACGCAGGUGACAACUGCGAGGAUGAUGUGGACGAGUGUGCCUCCCAGCCUUGCCAGAAUGGGGGUUUCUGCAUUGACCUUGUGGCCCGAUAUCUCUGCUCCUGCCCCCCUGGAACACUGGGUGUGCUCUGUGAGAUUAAUGAGGAUGACUGUGGCCCAGGCCUAUCCCUGGACCUAGGCCCCCGGUGCCUGCACAAUGGUACCUGUGUGGACCUGGUGGGUGGCUUCCACUGUACCUGCCCCCCCGGAUUCACUGGCCUGCGCUGUGAGGCAGACAUCAACGAGUGUCGCCUGGGUGCCUGCCAUGUGGCACACACCCGGGACUGCCUGCAGGACCCAGGUGGGGGCUUCCGCUGCCUUUGCCAAGCGGGUUUCACAGGUCCCCGCUGUCAGACUGUGCUGUCUCCCUGUGAGUCCCAGCCAUGCCAGCAUGGAGGCCAAUGCCAUCAUGGCCAAGGUCCUGGGGGUGCACUGACCUUUGCCUGCCAUUGUGUCCCACCGUUCUGGGGCCCGCGUUGCGAGAGGGUGGCCCGCUCGUGCCGGGAGCUGCAGUGUCCGGUGGGCAUCCCGUGCCAGCAGACGGUCCGUGGGCCGCGUUGCGCCUGCCCCCCGGGGCUGUCGGGGCCUGCCUGCCGUGGCUUUCGGGAGUCCUCCGCUGGGGCCACCAAUGCCAGCUGCGUGCCCUCCCCCUGCUUCCACGGGGGCUCUUGCCACCCCGAACCGUCGGCGCCCUUCUUCCGCUGCGCAUGCCCGCUGGGCUGGGCCGGGCUACACUGCGAGGUGCCAGCGGUGGCGCCGGAGGCCCCUGAGGAGCCGCUGUGCCCGAGCGCCGCCUGCGAGGCCAAGAGCGGGGACAAGCACUGCGACCGCGAGUGCAAUAGCCCGGGCUGUGGCUGGGACGGCGGCGAUUGCUCCCUGAGCGUGGGCGACCCCUGGCGGCAAUGUGCGGCGGUGCAGUGCUGGCGCCUCUUCAACAACAGCCGCUGUGACCCCGCCUGCAGCUCCCCAGCCUGCCUCUACGACAACUUCGAUUGCAGGGAUGGCGGCCGCGAGCGCACCUGCAACCCGUUCUAUGAGAAGUACUGCGCGGACCACUUUGCGGACGGCCGCUGCGACCAGGGCUGCAACACGGAGGAGUGUGGCUGGGAUGGGCUGGACUGCGCAGGUGAGGUGCCGGCCCUGCUGGCCCGCGGCGUGCUGGUGCUCACAGUGCUGCUGCCGCCCGAGGAGCUAUUGCGCUCCAGUGCCGACUUCCUGCAGCGCCUCAGCGGCAUCCUGCGCACCUCGCUGCGCUUCCGCCUGGAUGAGCGCGGUCAGGCCAUGGUCUUCCCUUACCACCGGCCUGGCCCUGGCUCAGAAGCCCGGAACCGGAGGGAGCUGGCCCCUGAGGUGAUCGGCUCCGUGGUGAUGCUGGAGAUUGACAACCGGCUGUGCCUGCAGUCACCAGAGAAUGACCACUGCUUCCCCGAUGCCCAGAGUGCAGCUGAUUACCUGGGAGCACUGUCCGCAGUGGAGCGUCUGGACUUCCCGUACCCACUGCGGGACGCGCGAGGGGAGCCGCUGGAGCUGCCAGAACCAAGUGUGCCACUGCUGCCACUGCUGGCUGCCAGCGCCGUCUUCCUGCUGGUCAUCCUCAUCCUGGGCGUCAUGGUGGCCCGGCGCAAGCGUGAGCACAGCACCCUCUGGUUCCCUGAGGGCUUUGCACUGCACAAAGAUGUGGCUGCUGGCCAUAAGGGCCGGCGGGAGCCUGUGGGCCAAGAUGCACUGGGAAUGAAGAACAUGGCCAAGGGCGAGAGUCUAAUGGGGGAGGUGGCCACAGACUGGAUGGACACGGAGUGCCCAGAGGCCAAGCGACUGAAGGUGGAGGAGCCUGGUGUGGCGGCCGAGGAUGCUGUAGAUUGCCGCCAGUGGACUCAACACCACCUGGUUGCUGCUGACAUCCGGGUGGCACCAGCCAUGGCAUUGACACCACCGCAGGGUGAUGCAGAUGCUGAUGGCAUGGAUGUCAAUGUGCGAGGCCCAGAUGGCUUCACCCCAUUAAUGCUGGCCUCCUUCUGUGGGGGGGCCCUGGAGCCGAUGCCGGCUGAAGAGGAUGAGGCAGAAGACACGUCAGCAAGCAUCAUUUCAGAUCUGAUCUGCCAGGGGGCCCAGCUCGGGGCACGGACUGACCGCACAGGCGAGACAGCCCUGCACCUGGCCGCCCGUUAUGCCCGGGCCGAUGCAGCCAAGCGGCUGUUGGAUGCUGGGGCAGACACCAAUGCCCAGGACCACUCGGGCCGAACCCCCCUGCACACAGCUGUCACUGCCGAUGCCCAGGGUGUUUUCCAGAUUCUCAUCCGGAACCGCUCCACAGACCUGGAUGCCCGCAUGGCGGAUGGUUCAACGGCAUUGAUCCUGGCGGCCCGCCUAGCGGUGGAGGGCAUGGUGGAAGAGCUCAUUGCCAGCCAUGCUGACGUCAAUGCCGUGGACGAGCUUGGGAAAUCAGCCUUACACUGGGCCGCAGCUGUCAACAACGUGGAGGCUACCUUGGCCCUGCUCAAAAAUGGAGCCAACAAGGACAUGCAAGAUAGCAAGGAGGAGACUCCACUGUUCCUGGCAGCCCGGGAGGGCAGCUAUGAGGCUGCCAAGCUGCUGCUGGACCAUUUCGCAAACCGUGAGAUCACUGACCACCUGGACAGGCUGCCACGUGAUGUGGCCCAGGAAAGGCUGCAUCAGGACAUCGUGCGUCUGCUGGACCAGCCCAGUGGGCCCCGCAGCCCCCCGGGCCCCCAUGGUCUGGGGCCCCUGCUCUGCCCACCUGGGGCCUUCCUCCCAGGCCUCAAGGCGGCACAGUCAGGGGGCAAGAAGAGCCGGAGGCCGCCGGGGAAGGCAGGGCUGGGGCUGCAGGGUACCCGGGGCCGGGGCAAGAAGCUGACACUGGCCUGCCCGGGCCCCCUGGCCGAGAGCUCGGUCACACUCUCGCCUGUGGACUCACUGGACUCCCCAAGGCCCUUCGGUGGGCCCCCUGCAUCCCCUGGAGGCUUCCCUCUAGAGGGACCCUACACAGGUGCCACUGCCACGGCUGUGUCCCUGGCACAACUUGGUGGCACGGGCCGGGCAGGUCUAGGACGCCAGCCCACUGGGGGCUGUGUUCUCAGCCUGGGCUUGCUGAACCCUGUGGCUGUUCCCCUUGACUGGGCCCGGCUGCCCCCGCCUGCCACGCCAGGCCCCUCAUUUCUACUGCCACUGGCACCAGGACCCCAGCUGCUGAACCCUGGGACUCCUGUGUCCCCCCAGGAGCGUCCCCCACCAUACCUGGCAGCCCCGGGACAUGGUGAGGAGUACCCUGCAGCUGGGGCCCACAGCAGCCCUCCCAAGUCCCACUUCUUGCGGGUCCCCAGCGAGCAUCCCUACCUGACCCCAUCCCCCGAGUCCCCCGAGCACUGGGCCAGCCCCUCACCUCCCUCGCUCUCAGACUGGUCUGACUCCACACCCAGCCCGGCCACUGCUACUGGGGCCACAGCUACAGCUGCUGGGACACUGCCUGCCCAGGCGCUCCCCCUGUCUGUCCCUGGCCCCUUGGCUCAGGCCCAGACCCAGCUGGGGCCCCAGCCUGAAGUUACCCCCAAGAGGCAGGUGUUGGCCUGAGACGCUUCUCAGUUCUUGGAUUUUGGGGGUCUGUAGAGAUAGCCCAUCCUUACUCUCUUUUUGUUCACUUUCCUUUAAUCCUUUUCAUCCUCUUCUCUCUCUUCACCAACCCUCCUGUACCAUCCCACCUUGCAGUGUGACCGACGUAGGUCACCAGUCUAGGGCUUCAGUCUUCCUUUAUUUAUAAGGGGUGUGGGCUGACCCCAACCCCCUGGGUCUUGUGAUGAGUCUGGGACCUUCUCCUGCCCUCCCCUCUAUCUGCUCCCCAAUUCCCUCAUCCCUCCUUUCUUUCUUGCCUCCUCUGACCUCUCUCACUCCUCACGCUCUGACACGAGUGGAUUAUUAUUAUUUUUUUUACAUUUUGUAUAGAAACAAAUUCAUUUAAACAAACUUAUUAUUAUUAUUAUUAUUUUUUACAAAAUAUAUAUAUGGAGAUGUUUCCUGCCCCCUGCAAACCCCCCAGUACCCCCGAGGGGCUGAGUCUGUGGGCCCAUUCGGCCAAGCUGGAUUCUGUGUACCGAGUACAUGACCCUGGUACGUACCAAGUAGGCACCUUUGGGCUCACCCUCUGGGGCCAGGGGUCGGCAAGAUGUGGGAGCCUCCUCCCCACCCCACCUCCCUCACUUCAAUGCAUUCCAGAUGGAACUUGUUCUGUAACUUUGCUGGGGGAAGGGCCCUCCUGCCCCAGAGAACCCACCCCAAACACUUCCCCUACCCUAGAGCCUGGGCCACCUCCCUUUGGGAACUGGGGGAUGGCUGGUGGGAAGAUGAGGACCAGGGGAGAUGUGUGCAUUUUAUUUUGUCUCCCUGUACAUAUGGGACUACAAGACAGGAAGGACCUGCCUGAGUGGCACCCCUUCUCCUGGUUCUCCGCACCCAGCCCCAUGGCAGAAUAGAAGUAUUUUUAGGCUAUUUUUAUAAUAUGGCUUCUGGUCACAAUCCCUGCGUAGCUAAAUUCCCAGACCUUGCAUUGUACAGUCCCCACUCCCAUCAUCACCUAAUAAAGGAGUAGUUAAUGCUCA